UUGGGGGUAGGGGGAGCUUAUGGCUGCUGGGCACAGGCAUGGCAGGGCUGUGUGCCUGGCUUCCCUUUCCCCUAACCCCAUCAGGCCCGGGCUGGCCGCCCACUUCUGUUCACCACAGAGCAGGGUUUCCCUGGGGACCAGUGGACUGGCCCAGCCCCACACCGCCCCCCAGCCCCUCCUGGCCACAGCUUGAGCUGGGAGGAGGGUGGAGGCUGGGCCGCCUCCUGGACCCCUGCCCUCCCUGCCCGGCCUUCCAAGGCCCGGCAGCCUCAGUCCACUGCUGGGCCUGGAACACGGAGCAGUGGCUGCCCUGCGAGGAGUCUCCCCUGCAAGUCCUAGAGCAGCUCCAGCAGGAUGGCGGCUCCAGCGUCUCUAAGGCCUGCAGGGAGUCCAGCCCCAUGGGGGGCGCCCUAGGCCUCCGACAGCUCCGCAUCUGUGCUCCUGCCUGCCGGCCAUCCUCAGGCCACUCGCCAUGGGCGGCUGCUUCUCCAAACCCAAACCAGUGGAGCUCAAGAUCGAGGUGGUGCUGCCUGAGAAGGAGCGAGGCAAGGAGGAGCUGUCGGCCAGUGGGAAGGGCAGCCCUCGGGCCUACCAGGGCAACGGCACGGCCCGCCACUUCCACACGGAGGAGCGCCUGUCCACCCCUCACCCCUACCCCAGCCCUCAGGAUUGCGUGGAGGCUGCUGUCUGCCACGUCAAAGACCUUGAGAAUGGCCAGCGUUCUGUCCCGUGGUCGGGUGCGCUGCCCCUGGCACGGCGCCUGCUUCAACAUCAGCACUGGGGACCUGGAGGACUUCCCCGGCCUGGACAGUCUGCACAAGUUCCAGGUGAAGAUUGAGAAGGAGAAGGUGUACGUCCGGGCCAGCAAGCAGGCCCUACAGCUGCAGCGGAGGACCAAGGUGAUGGCCAAGUGUAUCUCUCCAAGUGCUGGGUACAGCAGUAGCACCAAUGUGCUCAUUGUGGGUGCAGGUGCAGCUGGCCUGGUGUGUGCAGAGACACUGCGGCAGGAGGGCUUCUCCGACCGGAUCGUCCUGUGCACGCUAGACCGGCACCUUCCCUAUGACCGUCCCAAGCUCAGCAAGUCCCUGGACACACAGCCUGAGCAGCUGGCCCUGAGGCCCAAGGAGUUUUUCCGAGCCUAUGGCAUCGAGGUGCUCACCGAGGCUCAGGUAGUCACAGUGGACGUGAGAAAUAAGAAGGUCGUGUUCAAGGAUGGCUUCAAGCUGGAGUACAGCAAGCUGCUGCUGGCACCAGGGAGCAGCCCCAAGACUCUGAGCUGCAAAGGCAAAGAAGUGGAGAAUGUGUUCACCAUCCGGACGCCAGAGGAUGCCAAUCGCGUGGUGAGGCUGGCCCGAGGCCGCAAUGUGGUCAUCGUGGGAGCCGGCUUCCUGGGGAUGGAGGUGGCCGCUUACCUGACGGAGAAGGCCCACUCUGUGUCUGUGGUGGAGCUGGAGGAGACGCCCUUCAGGAGGUUCCUGGGGGAGCGCGUCGGUCGUGCCCUCAUGAAGAUGUUUGAGAACAACCGGGUGAAGUUCUACAUGCAGACAGAGGUGUCGGAGCUGCGGGGCCAGGAGGGAAAGCUGAAGGAGGUUGUGCUGAAGAGCAGCAAGGUCGUGCGGGCUGACGUCUGCGUGGUGGGCAUUGGUGCAGUGCCCGCCACAGGCUUCCUGAGGCAAAGCGGCAUCGGUCUGGAUUCCCGAGGCUUCAUCCCUGUCAACAAGAUGAUGCAGACCAAUGUCCCAGGCGUGUUUGCAGCUGGCGACGCCGUCACCUUCCCCCUUGCCUGGAGGAACAACCGGAAAGUGAACAUUCCACAUUGGCAGAUGGCUCAUGCUCAGGGGCGCGUGGCAGCCCAGAACAUGUUGGCGCAGGAAGCGGAGAUGAGCACUGUGCCCUACCUCUGGACCGCCAUGUUUGGCAAGAGCCUGCGCUACGCGGGCUACGGAGAAGGCUUCGACGACGUCAUCAUCCAGGGGGAUCUGGAGGAGCUGAAGUUUGUGGCUUUUUACACUAAAGGCGACGAGGUGAUCGCCGUGGCCAGCAUGAACUACGAUCCCAUUGUGUCCAAGGUCGCUGAGGUGCUGGCCUCAGGCCGUGCCAUCCGGAAGCGGGAGGUGGAGCUGUUUGUGCUGCACAGCAAGACUGGUGACAUGUCUUGGCUUACGGGGAAAGGAUCCUGACCUCACAUGCAGUAGACUUGGGCAGGCAAAGGGGGGCACCAGGGGCAGAGGCCAAGCCUUGGGAGCAGGUGCCAAUCUCCAGUCCCAGGAUCCCCCAGGGCAGAACCUGAGCCCUCCUAGUGCUUGCCUUCAGCCACCUGGCUCCCCUCCUGGGAGGCCUCUGCUGGAUCCAGAAGAUGCUCAACCCUCAAGGCCUCUGCUGCCACUGA